AUGUUGAAUUCUGCAGAGAAACUCUACAGUGUCAAAGUGCUGAAUGAUAAAAGACAGCAGCCACUGCUACUGAAGAAUGAAUUACUGAAUAAGUUUGUGUUUUGCCAGACAGAGCUAACAUCCACUGGAUUUAAAAUUUACCUGGAUAAGAGGAUGACUUCAUCCAUGGCUUUGAGAAGAUCACCUACCCAUACAACCUCUGCUAUGCUGGAGCUAAGGCAUUUAACAACAGCACUCUAUCCAGAAGAAUCAAGGUCUCUCAAAUACCUUUCAGUUGUUCUUGAUCAGCAGGAUACUAUUCAGAAGUGCAAGUGGGAAUUGGAUGAUCAUGAAGUCAAGUUAGAAUAUGUCAACAAGGUGUGCAAGACUGCUUUAGAGCAUCUUGAUGACAGAGUACUUGCUGAGUCCAACCCUGAGGUGCUGGAGAGACUGGAGGUUUUCCAUAAUUGA